AUGGUUGCCCAGGCGCGCGGUUGUGAACUCCCUGUGGAGGAGGACAGACUUGAGAAACACAACACCCACCAACACCAACCAACACCAUACUCCCCCCUGUGUGCUGUGGACUAGAACUGUUUCUGCCUUUGACUUGUCUCACUUUCCCCCUUCGUUUCGGCAGUUCCCGCCUGCACCACCCACAAUGAUGUCGGCGAGAAAGCCAAAGAAGCCCACAACCAUAAGACCGCCGGCGAAGAAGCAGAACAGCGAAGCCCAGUUCGAGGAAGCCUGGGAAAAGCUGUCCACGGCCAUUGUAGAAAUAUACAAGCGCAAUGCGGGGAAUUUGAGUUUCGAGGAACUGUACAGAAAUGCAUAUAACAUGGUCCUUCACAAAAAAGGCGACAAGCUCUAUAAGGGCGUGCGCGGGGUCAUCACCGAUCAUUUGGAGCAAGUCGCCGUAGAUCAGGUCGUGCCCUCGUUCCCGCAGUCGGCGCCAGGUGGCGGGAUGACGGGGGCUACGGAGUUCUUGAAGGAGAUCCGCAACGUGUGGGACGACCAUACGACGUGUUUGAAGAUGAUUAGGGAUAUCCUGCGGUAUAUGGAUACGGUCUAUGUGAAGCAGCUGAAUCUGUUGACGGUGUACGAUUCGGGCAUCGACCUGUUCCGGGACGUCAUUACACGGUCGGGGAAGCAUCCGAUACAGACGCAUUUGAUCAAUUCGUUGUUGUACCAUAUCCGGCUGGAACGGGAUGGGGAGGUUGUGGAUAGGCUGGUUGUGAAGAGCGUGACGGAUAUGUUGGUUAGUUUGACGUCGGCGAAAGACGUCACACGAACUGGCCACGAGCCCACAGUCUACGAAACGGAUUUCGAGGUCCAGUUCCUGCAAACCAGCAAUGACUUUUACAGUCUGGAGAGUGGAAUGUCGUUGCACGAGUGCAAUGCGACGGAGUAUCUCAAAAGGGCCGAGCGACGAUUGAUCGAGGAAGAGCAAAGGAUCGAUAAUUACCUCACCCCGGCAACGGAGCCGAAGAUACGGCGGGUGGUGGAGAAGCAGCUGCUGGAGAAUCAUGUCAAGACAAUCAUCGAGAUGGAGAACUCGGGAAUGGUCUCGAUGAUGGAAGACGACAAACUAGACGACUUACGGCGCAUGUACAAGCUCCUCGGGCGGGUCCCUAAUGGGCACAUCCAGAUGCGCCAAACACUCUCUCAGUUUAUGGAAGAUCACGUUGCCGAAAUCAACCAAACCGUCGGCGGAAUCGACGCAUCCCAACCGAGCCGAAUGAGCAAAUCGGCCAGCGCGUCGAGUAUCCCCUCCGCCGCCGCCGCCGCCGCCGAUACGGAAAAGGCGGGCGCGCAGAAAGCGGACCCGCUGAAAUGGGUGGAGCAGGUGUUGGCGUUGAAAGAGAAAGUGGACGCGUAUUUUGAGCAUUCGUUUGCGAACGAUUCGAAUUUUGAGACGGAGAUGAAUAAUGCGCUGGAGCGGUCGCUGAAUAGGAAUAGAAAGGCGCCGGAGUUUGUCAGCUUGUUUAUUGAUGAGAAUUUGAAGAAGGGGUUGAAGGGGAAAUCGGAGGAGGAAGUGGACGCAUUGCUGGAUCGGACUGUUACCAUCUUCCGCUUCGUGCAGGAGAAAGACAUCUUUGAACGGUACUACAAGCAGCACUUGGCGAAGCGGUUAUUGUUUGGGAAGAGUAUUAGCGAGGAUGUGGAGAAGAAUAUGAUAUCCAAGUUGAAGACCGAAUGCGGCUACCAAUUCACACAAAAAUGGGAAGGCAUGUUCAACGACAUGCGGACGUCCACGGACAUGAUGGUCGACUUCCACAACCACCUCGCAACCGCCGUCACAGCCCCGAAAGACAUGGUCAACCUCAAUAUCAGCAUCCUCACAUCCAGCUACUGGCCGAUGACCGGCAUCGGCGCCGAUCAAGUCUGCCACUUUCCCCCCGAAGUCGCCGCCUGCCAACAACAUUUCGACAAAUAUUACCACUCCCGCCACUCGGGCCGCCGGCUCACGUGGUCGAGCCAAUUGGGCACGGCGGAUAUCAAGGCAUCGUUCAAAAAAGGGAAUAAGGAGUUCAACGUUUCGACGUACGGCAUGCUUGUCCUUGUCGGCGUCUUCAACGACGUGGCGGACGGCGAGGCAGUGUCGUACCAGACCAUCAGCGACAAGAGCGGGAUACCCGAACAAGAUCUCAAGCGCACACUCCAAAGCCUCGCUCUGGGCAAACACAAGAUUCUCCUCAAGAGCACGAAAGGACCCGCAGUCAACCCCACCGACACCUUUAAAGUCAACACGGAGUUUACAUCCCCCAUGUACAAAUUCAAAAUCCAGCAAGUCGCCGGGUCCACGAAAUCCUCCCACGGUGCUGCCAUUUCUGGCAAUUCAAUGGAAACCGACGCAGAACGCACCGAAACGAUGGAAAAGAUCGAAGAGGCGCGCAAACACCAGAUAGAGGCGUGUAUCGUGCGCAUCAUGAAGGCGCGCAAGAAGCUGGACCAUAAUAAUCUCGUCGCCGAGGUGAUCAAGCAGACGACGAGCCGGUUUGUGCCGGAGCCCGCGAUUGUGAAGCGGAGGAUCGAGGGGUUGAUUGAGAGGGAGUAUUUGGAGAGGGAUAAAUCUGAUCGGAAAAUGUACAACUACCUGGCAUGAGAAAAACUUGCACUCUGCGUACCCCCUUAUACCCAUACCUUAUACUGUAUCGCGCGUAUCUUAACCGCAUUUCUUUCCUUGCAUUUAUUUGUUGUCCCCAUUUCAGCUCUGCCAGGCAGUUGUGGAGGCAAAAUUACUUGUACAUGGUUGUGUCCCCCCACUUUUUUUUCAACCCCUGAUCUCUUUUUGGAAAAUAUGAUUUUUUGUGUCAUGUUUGGUUACGAGCAGUUGUUUUUGGGGGUUGAGGAGAGAUGCAUGAUGGAUGUGGCAUGUAGACGGUGCUCCUCUGAACGGUGUCCUCUGCGCAUGCACAUGGGACAUAUGUAUGGCGCACCGACGGCUUCAUCCCGACGGUCAUCACCAAGUCACUGCUUCCAGAUUCCAAUCACGCUCGUCCUCCUGAUGUAC